GGCCCUCGGGCCCGCCCAGUGACAGGCGGAGGGAGCCCAAGGGGGCCGCUGCCCGGGGGCUCCGAGGUGCCCGGCGCCAUGGAGGACGCGGCCGUGGGGGCCGGCGCCCCCCGCGCUGAGGAGGGGGCUGGCCCGAGCCCGGCCUCCUGGCUCCAGAGGCUCUGCAACGAGGUGCUGCGCUCCUCGCAGCUGAGCGUGUCCCUGGCGGAGGCCCCGCCGGUGGCCGUGGUGGCGGUGGAGCGCUACAUGGCGGAGAGCCCGCCGCCGCCGCCGCCCAGCAGCGCCUUGCCCAAGCCGCCCGCCCCGGCCUACUGCUACGACGUGACGCUGGCGGACGGCAGCCGGCAGGAGAAGUGCUACCUGGCGCCGCCGCUCAACGCCCUGGUGCAGCGCAACACUCUGCGCGCCGGCUGCCGGCUGCGCCUCACCCGCUGCUCCUACCUGUACGACGAGAAGAAGCUGAGCUCGGGCUUCCUGUGCCUCGAGCGGCUGGACGUGCUGCGGGGCCCGUCGGACCUGCCCCCCGGGGGCCGCGAGCCCGGCGAGCAACGGCGCCCGCCCCUCAAGGGCGCGAGGAGCCAUUACCUGCCGCUGUGGAACAACGAAGAUCCCUACGGGGACAUCUGGCUGGCGAGCCGGCCGCCGGGCCGCGUCGAGAUCGAGGUAUCCAAAUUAACGUCUCUUGGUCAUCUGGAAAUGAACUGGAGGAGCAGAAUACACUUCAGUCCAUUGCUUGUGAGAAUCUUACAUAAGGCUAGACUAAGGUACUAUGGGAAACCUGACAAAAAACUGGAUAUACCGUAUCAGGCUUAUUUUGAAGUUGCUGAUAGUUCAGGCAUGAUGUCGAUGGUUUUGUGGAAUUCUUUGUGUCCUGAGUGGUAUAAUAGUAUGAAGAUUGGCACAGUACUUCUGCUUGAACAGUAUGGUAUCAAAACCAGUUAUCCAUUUAAAACGCAGCCAACGCCAGGGGAUUCGCAGAUGAAGAGAUAUACUACAAUUGAAAUUAGCCUGAACGUUCGAGAUCCUCCAACUAAAGUUAACAUUAUUCCAGAAAAAAUGGUUAAACCAGAGUGGAGAUUACCUGAAGUUAGAUAUCGGUUUGUCACAAGGUCAGAACUGGAGAACUUACCGAACAAUCAUUCCUGUGAUAUUAUUGGUCUUGUAAUAUUUGUAGGAAGGGUUGAACGAACAAGAAAGAGAGAAUCUAGUGAAGAUUUUUGGAUACAUCGCUGGGCACAUGUUGUUGAUGGGACAUCAGACCAACCAUUCAUACUGGAAUUGUUUGCCACUUCUCAGCCGGAUGUAUUUGAACAUAUUCACCCAAUGACCUAUUUGGUGUGCACACAGAUGAGAGUGGUGCGGGACAUCACUGAGAAUACUCCCAGAACACUUUACCUUACAACUUCAAAUGAGAGUCAGAUGUUUAUUACAGGGUGGCACAAAGGCCAACCAUAUACCAGAGAUGCCAAAGUGAAAAACUUUAUCCAGUGGAUUAAAACUCAAAGUGAAGUCGACCAAAUGAAGAAAACUGUAAUUGGUGGAUACUGUCCUUUCCCACCAGCACCAAAUUCUUUUUUGAAGUAUUGUAAAAAUAAUAAAGUUGAAUCAGUUUUGAAAGCCAUAAGUGAAAUGGAGAGAGAGAUUGAAGACCUGCACUACAGGGAGCACAAACGCUUUGCUGUUCAGGGGAUAAUUAGUGCUAUAAGAUAUGUCAGCCAUGCAGCUGAAGAUGCCUCGAGAAUGGAACCAAUUCAGGAAGGUAGAGUCGAGUCAGCAUCUCAAACAACUGUAAAAAACACUGGUAUGUCUAAAGAUUGUGUUACGAAAGGAAAAAAGCGGAGCCAUCGAAAUAAAGAAGCCAACUCCGUACUUGAUUUACAAUGUGCUUCCCUGGAACAACAGCAACAUCCGUGUAUGUUAACCAGAAAGAUUCGAAUCAAGAGAAAGAUUGAACACCAUACAGAGGCUGAAAAUUUGCAUGAAUUUCAGCAAGAAGAUUCUGUUCCAGAACAAAAUAUCUUGACUGAGCCUGACACUUCACAACCCGAUAGAGCAGACAAAGAAGGCAUGAGUGAUGCACCUGAAAUAGAAGAGAUGGGAAGAACUUCUCAUGAUUCCUGGCAAAGUGGUCUGUGGACAAUGGUGAAAGACAACUUAAUAGAUCACUUGCAUUAUUGCACUGUUUUCCCAGAGAGCAUCCCACGUAAAUUUGAUUAUAUGUACAAAGAAUUCCUUAUACAGCAAUACAAUCUACAUCCAGCUGUGCACAAGCCAAAAGAAUACAGAACAAAUAAAGAAAUUCAUGAAUUUAAAAGUGCCAGUGGCCCAGGGCACUAUGAAGUGACCAUACUGGGGAUAAACCAUGAUGUGGCUAUAGAUGUUGCAUUCCCACCUAUAUUUUGUCCUGAAGAUCCUCAUUUAUUUCGAAUAGAGGAUAUUCAGAAUGAUACGUUAUUAUCCUGUAUGAGUUGCAUCUCUAUGUGUCAACAGGACACUGCUAGCAAUGAAAAGCUUUAUGACACGUUUCCACUUUCAAAUGAAAUUGUAAAAGCGGCUGUUGACCUGGACAGACAACAUGUCAUCUGUAUCCUGGACAUCUGUCGGUUAGGUGACGAUAAAGUGGAAAUUUUUCUGAACAAAAUUUAUAAGAUAAUGGAGACUGAUGUGGUGAACCUUGUGUAAUUUAAUAGCUUGUUUUAUUGACAUUGUCCAUGUAUUUUGGAGGGGAGGGAAAUAAAACUUACAAUACACCCUCUGCAUAUUGCCACUUCCUGGAGCGUGUAGAGCCAAACAUGUCUAGUGUUAUGUGUUUUGACAGAGCAAUUGUAGUGGUAGUCAACACAAUUGAGAAGGAAGGUUCACUACCUUUAUAUCCGAAGGCUUUGGAGCAGAGUAUUAUAAAUAUGCCAGACUGCUAAUUAUUUUUAUACCUCUGUUGCUUUAGUGUAAUGCACUGUGUGCUGCAGGCAGCUCCCAAGUGUCAGGUGUUUUGUACGUGGUCCAUCAUUAAGCAAAGAGACUAGAUGGGGAAUGGAAUGUACAGCCAAAUUCUGUCCUAUGUCAGAGAGUUACCUGCCUAUAUGCAUGGGAAGAAUUUGGCCUUAAGUCACUUCUGUGACGGUGUCUUUAGCUGGUAGGAACCUAAAGUCAUUUCCAUCUGGCAGCUCGUCAUGAUGGUCAUGUGAAAUAAAAUGGUGAUCUCAGCCCAGUUUCCGGAGAAAACAUGGCUGCAUCACAGAAACUUGCCACCUCACUUGUUCCCUUGUUUGUAGUUUCAAUAGAGCCAAAAGACUUAAUUUUAAUAGAUUGAGAACUAUCCUCUGCUUUAUAGAAGGGUCCCUCUGGGCAGUUUGAGAGACGCAUUGGCUGUUGGUGGGGAAAAGUUUGGCCAGCCAGUGGCAAAUUGUGAAUGGAAACCACAGAAUGUCCUGUGAAUGGAAUCCAUCAGUUUGAAAUGCUUUCAGUUCUGCUCCAUAGCAUUGAAUUAAUUAAAAACAAGGCACUUCUCUGCAUUAUUUGUGUUAGAUUUUCUAGAAGCAUUAUUGGAUACAGAGCCAAAGUUUGAAUGUUGUCUGUUGACUUAGAAUGUCAUUCUGUGCUUCUGCAUAGAUAUCCAGUAAAUUUUUGGUGUGUCUUACAUUUUAUUAGUAGAAGAAUAUUAAUGUAAAUGUCCUGGUAAGUAAAAGUUAAUACGGUAAAACUUUGGUCCUUUAUAUCUUUCUGUACUGUAUUUUGUAUUUAAAUGUAUGAUAUGGUAUAGGCUCCAGGGUCUAAUAAGAGAGUCUGGCACCCGUACUUGCUCUUCCAAACUGAGCCAUGCUGACUAUGCCAGCAGAUAUUUUAAAGUGAUAUACCUCAGGUAGAAGCUUAAUUUUAAGGAAACCAGCAUUUCAAGAUCAAAUUAGUAAGGUGAUUAUGUUUUUGUAAUAGAAAUGACACAGGCACUUGUACAGAGUUACCAUAUUUUAUUAUUUGUUCUAGCCACUCAGCCACUUCCUUUUGUUUUGUUUCUCAGUGUUCCCAUUACAUGUAGUAAAACUGAGCGACGGCUCUGCCUGCUUUGCCUCUCUGCAUAGCAGCGUAUACUUAACAUUGUUGUUAUCCCUUGAUGCUUGCUGUCUUAAAUCUUAAAAGCAAAUUGAAAAUUAUGUAGACUCUGUGAUCUUUAAAGUAUAUACCAUUUUAUUUUAUAUCUGUGCUAUUUGAGAAAAGAUAACACAAAAAAAGAGUAUAUAAUAUAUAUACUGACAAAAAUGGGUAAAUUCCAUUCUUUGCAAAAAAUCCAUUCACUCUUGUUUCAUGAACUGCAGCUAACUGUAAGAUUAAAAAUGCUAAGAAACUAAGGUCCUGUUGAUAAACAUCAUAACAUUUUGUUAUGUCUCUCAUUCUCAAGAACAGGGCUUUGUAAAAUAUUUUCAGACUAAAGGGAUCACUCAUCCACCACUGGAAUACAGCCAUUGCAGAGGUGGAAUGUUACCAAAGCCUUGUGUAUUCCCUAACUCUGGAAUUCACACCUUGUCAAAGAAUUGUACUCCAGAAUCUUAGCUCCUAUUUUCUUUUUAUAAAUGUUUCUACCCAUCGUAGUUUCAAAGAAAACCAUAGAAAGGACAGUUGAGUGUAAACCAGCAGAGUGAUCUUUGCCUGACUAUGCAGAGAGCCUGAAACAAUAGCUCUAACUGGUGUAAACUGCUCAAAUUUAUCUGUGUGUGGUUAACUCUGAAAAUUAGAUUACAGUCUGGGAUAUUGAAAAUGAGGACAGCUUAAGUAAAAGAAAUAACAAAUAAUACAAAGGCUUCUGUAUUUAUUUCAUUUUUCUAUAUAAUUGAAUAAAACAAUCUGUUUUUUAAAUGUA